AUGGCUGAAUCUCAGGUACCUGGACUUAGCUCGAUGUUACGAGGCCGUUCGAAGUGUCGUGUCGGAACAUGGGCACUCACAUACAUUGCAAUGACCGCGGUGGCACUUCAUUUUCUCCGACUUUUGUUCUCAGACUAUUUCUCCUAUCCAGUAUCCGUUUCUAUUCGGCUUGAAGACACGUCUGGUCUACUGUUUCCUGCGGUUACGAUUUGUAAUCUCAAUCCUAUACGUCGGCAUUUGAUUUGUGAAAAUGCUGAUAGCGUCUUAUCGAUUCCUGAAGAAGUAAAGGACUAUAUUUGCAAUGAAACCUAUCGUGAAUCCAUCCAGGAUGAGAAUCUGGAUGUGAUAGAGCAAUUCUCAUUCUGGCUAGCUCACAGCCAACGACUCAAUAAGGAGGCAGUAAAGGCUUUAGGACACCCGAUGAAGAAAAAUGUGCGGGCCUGCACGUUACAGGGCAACAAAUGCACGAACAUCAAGCACUUUUGGUCUGAUACAUUUAGCCAGUCCUACGGGAACUGCAUAACGGCAAACAAACAGGCCCAAAGGACCGGUGAUUUCCUCUAUUAUCGUCUCGGUGGACCGGAACAGGGGCUAGAGCUUAUACUUAACGUAGAAAUAAAUGAGUAUCUCCCAAUCACCUCGGAAGCAGGUUAUCUAGUGAUGAUUCACUCCCAUAACUUGGAACCUGACGAUGCAACGGAUGGCGUGUUUGUUUCACCAGACGGAACUACCUACAUCGGAGUUACCGUGCGGAAAAUCAAUCGGCUGGCUACUCCAUACCCAGCGCACUGUAUUUCGAAAUGGUCGAAGGACGCGAUCAAACCCGACGACGACAAUUCGUACAACCGAGGCCCUGCAGGUCUCAUAUCGAAUAUGGGCGGAAUUGUUGGCGUGUACCUCUCCUUCGGAUUUCUUGUCAUCUAUGAAAUUGUGGAAAUCUUCUUUCGAGCCAUGUACGUCGCCGUAGAUUUCAAAGUUCUUGGAAAACGAUUUCACCAGAAGGCCAAACACGUUCAAUCGAGUGCGUUGACCAGAGCGAUUGAAGCAAAAAGGCGUCUUAAAUUUAAAGCCCGCAAUCGGACGAUUGACGCGCAGCCCAAGUACUUCAAUGUCGAACGCCGCGAGUCUCAUCCGCCAUAUCGGCUCACCGUGUGGGACUAUCCGAAUCGUCGACAGCGGCCACGUGACAAGAAUGAGGUGGCCGCUAUCCAUCAGGCGCCGCAGUUACACGUUGACCUGCAGAACUAUAUUCGAAUGAGCGAUGCGUUCGGGAGGUACCAUCGGCGUGAUAAGCCCAAAGAAGUUAUCCACCAGUGA